AUGACACCCGUACACUUCAGCUUUAGUUCAGCUUUUAUACUAGGUCUUAUAGGUCUAGCAUUUCAUCGCACCCAUUUGCUCUCUGCGCUGCUUUGCCUGGAAGGAAUAAUAUUAUCCUUAUUCAUUGCACUAGCCCUCUGAACCAUGCAACUUGAAUCAACCAUAUUUUCUGCAGCCCCAAUACUAUUACUAGCCUUCUCUGCCUGCGAGGCCAGCGCAGGUUUAGCCCUAUUGGUUGCCACUGCCCGAACCCAUGGAACCGAUCGACUACAAAACCUAAGUCUACUACAAUGUUAA